AUCUUCCUGCCUCCACUUCCUCUUCCUCUAGGUAGCCUGGGAGAGUUAGCGAGCAAGCAAGAAAUUGGUAACAAUGGAUCUAAGUGACAACCAGAUUCAGAUCCUCGAGAGUGUUUUCAUGGAGUGCCCCAACCUUGAUGAGGCCCAGCGCGCUCAUCUCGGUCGCGAGCUUCACGUGGAGCCCCAGCAUAUCAAAAUCUGGUUUAAGAACCGUCGUGCCCAGAUGAGGAGGGCUAGGAACGAGCAGGUGGACAACCACUUAUCCGACUCGGAGAACGACGAGAUCGACUCGGAGAGUGACGAGAUCCACUAAGACCACUUCGCGAUGUGGGUUUUUUGGAUCGAGGGCUGAUCCAUUGAAGUAAACUUAGUGCAUGCCUUAAAAAAAAUCCUUUCAAUUUGUUUGUUCCAAAUAACGCGCCACAGAACUGCCUGCGAGCACGCGGUAUGCGCUGAGAGUCGGUCUUGACGGCAAGCAUGUUUGCGUCGAGUCCAUGCAUCAGGUUGGGGUCGCUCCAGUUUCUACCGUGUCGUGAACCGAGUCAUGGGAUGGCAUGGCACAUCGGAUCACACGCGAUAAUAGUGGAGCUGUAGAUCAUGCACGCACGAUCUGAUUCGUGGGGUGGCACGAGUCAUUAGGAACGUGGUGUGUGUUUAGGUCGGUCACGCAACGACCCUUAUUUCUCUCUGUAUUCCAAAUAAAGAAGCUGUAGCAAGUUUUCAUGGCAUCAAA